CAAAUGUCAGUAAUCACCUAUCAAUUUAUUUAAUCAUGUCCUGUUCAUUGAAAGUGACUCCUAUGUGUGAAUAAUUAUGAGUUAAACCUUAUAAAUUCAAAAUUACUUUUUAAUGCUUGUCCACUACAGUGUUAGUGACAAGUAGUUAUUAAAAUAAUCACUAUAAAAUUAAAUAUCCAUUACCGUACAUGACGAUUCUUGCAUGACAUAACCUUCAUAUUUAAAUAAAAUUAUUAAUUUAUAUCUCCCCAAUUAUUAGCAAUGGAAAAUCAACGAAAGGAUGUUAUAAACGUCGGUUCAAGGAAAAGCGAGCUGGCACUCAUACAGACCAAUUUUGUUAUAGACAAUUUAAAGAAAGUACAUCCAGAUAAGGAAUUCAAUAUAGUUACCAUGACAACAUUAGGGGAUCGCAUCUUGAAUGUGUCUCUGCCAAAAAUAGGUGAGAAGGCACUCUUCACUAAGGACCUAGAGGACGCCUUGAGGAACAACACUGUAGACUUUGUAGUGCACUCCUUAAAAGAUCUUCCCACAACUCUGCCCGACGGACUUGCAAUUGGUGCUAUAUUUGAAAGGGAAGACCCCCGCGAUGCAUUAGUACUCAGAGAGGAAUUUAAAGAGCACACAUUGUCUACGCUGCCCAAAGGUUCAGUUAUCGGUACAUCGUCCCUACGCCGCACCGCACAACUCCGCAGCUCCUACCCUCAGCUGUCCGUGGUGGAUGUCCGCGGCAACCUGAACACUAGGCUGCGCAAACUGGAUGCUGAAGACAGCGAAUAUUCGGCUUUACUUCUAGCGAGCGCCGGGUUACAGCGCAUGGGGUGGGCACAUAGGAUUUCUAAGGUGUUGCCGUGUUCGGAAAUGUUGUACGCGGUGGGACAGGGCGCGCUGGCUGUGGAAUGUCGGGCGGACAACCACGACGUACUAGCCAUGCUUGCGCCGUUCAACCACGCGGACACAUACUGCAGAGUGCUGGCCGAGAGGAGCUUCCUCAAGACCCUAGGCGGGGGGUGCAGUGCUCCCGUAGGCGUAUCUACAAGACUGAAACCACAUGACGGACAAUACAAGUUGACCAUAACUGGUGCUGUUUGGAGUCUAGACGGUACCACCAAGAUAUCACACACAUUGGAACAAACAUUUGAUCAAAUUAAGAAAUCCUCCAAACAUCAGCUCAGCCCAACCAACGAGAACGAAAACAAAAAAUUCAAAUCCGAAAAUAGCACUGAAAGCGAUGCUGUCAAUCCUAUAGAAGCAUUGAAUAGAAGAAUAACAAAUGGAGAAGCAAAUUUAAACUGUGUUGACUUAAGAACCCAAGAACAAAUAGAAGCUUUGAAAAAGGAGAUACAACUGUUUUGCGGGCUGACUGAAAACGCAAAUAUAUCUUUAGAGGUUAUAGAGAAAUGUGAGAACAUUGGCAAAGAUUUGGCCAAUAUAUUAAUGUCAGAAGGUGCUACAGAAGUAAUGAAGGUGUCUCAAGAUACUAUAAGAAAUUCUUCACAAAAGGUCUCAUGAUCAUUCUUGACUAUUUGUGUAAAUACAAAUGUUUAUUUCUCCAUUAUGUUGGCAUCUUUAUUUUACUUUUGUAGAUAUAAAGGUGAUGAAUAUAGAAAUAUAUUUAUUGUUAAAAAUCUGGGUGCGAUUUCCAAUUAAUUAGUUAAAUUAGUAUAUAAAAGACUUUACUACUGUUUAGUAAUUAUACACCAUUUAUGUACAUAGUAUGUUUGUACAAAAAUGAAAUGUCUAUAUUUUUUAUCUGAUUUGUCUACUUGUAUAGAAAGAAAGUCACUAUGAACCUUAUUACCAUUCUGUUAAAGUUGUAUAUAAAACCUAAACUGAAUUAAAUUAAUUUACGAUUUAUUUAUUGAAAUAAAUGAUAUCUCUCCUAUAAAUAAGUACAGUAUGAAUGUAUUUAUGUACAAACUUUAUUGUCCUUGUUAUCGUCACUUUAUUAAUUUUAAUUAUUUACAAUAAUUGUUGUAUUUUAUUUAUACUCAGUUUAUGUGGUUUAGGGGUCAUUGUAAGUACUUAACUGUUAGAAUUGUUUUAAAACACUAUUAAACAAUUUUUUAUGACAGUA